AUGCCUCGAAAGAGAAAAGGCAGUAAUUUGAGUACAGUGAGUCGUGAAGGUAGACGUUCACAACAAAGGAGAAGAAUUGAGAAUUUGGAGGAAAGGUUACAACGACAGGAGGCAGAUGCUCAGAGACAUGCUCAGCAGAGGUUGGAAGAAAAUGAUGAGGAAAGGUGUCGGAGACAGGAAGCUGAUGCUCAGAGACAUGCUCAGCACAGGUUUGAUGAAAAUGAUCAGGAAAGAUGUCGGAGACAGGAGGCUGAUGCUCAGAGACAUGCUCAGCAGAGAUUGGAUGAAAAUGAUGAAGAAAGGUCGCGAAGACAGGAGGCUGAUGCUCAGAGACAUGAUCAGAGAAGACGCCAAGGCAGAGAAUUGAAUUAUCACCUUGCGCUCAUUGAUAAAGGGAAUGAAAUCAAUGUACCUGUUCACAAACUUGGAAAAAUGAAUGUCAAAUGUCAAUUUUGCAAAUCAUUGAAUUUUGCCUGUGAAAAGCCCAAAGAUGGAAAAUUUACAUAUUGCUGUCAAAAGGGAAAGCUUCAAUUAGAGCCUAUAAAUUUGCCUGAUUUUCUUAGGAAAUUAUACAUGGGAAAUGAUAAUUUAUCAAAGAAUUUCCGUGAUAAUAUUAGAUCGUAUAACAGUGCUUUAGCUAUGGCUUCAAUGGGUGCACCUAGCAAUAGGAAUCCAAUUGAUGUUGUGACCCUUGCUCCUUAUUGCUUAAAGAUUCAUGGACAAUAUCAUCAUUUGACAUCUACGGCAAUGCGACCAGGAGCUGGGCAAGCCCCGCGUUAUGCACAGCUUUAUUUUUUGGAUACAGAAGAAGCUGUUCAUUAUAGAAUUAAUAACGAAGCCAAUCAAGGGUGUGAUCAGGCCUUGAUGAAAGCACUGUCAGUUUUUAUGGUAAAAAACAAUAAACUUGCAAAGACAUUUAAGAUGAUGCGUGAGGUUGAAAGAGAUCUAAAUCCGAGAGGAACUGAAGUUCCGAACUUGAUGUUGAGCUUUCGUAAUGAUCCACAACAAGAUCAAAGAAGAUACAAUGCUCCAAGAGCAAAUGAAAUAGCUGUGGUUUUUCAGAAUGUUGAUGGUGAGCCACCAUUCGAGAGAGACAUUCGGAUUUAUAACAAAAAUUCGAACGAUGUGCAACAAAUUUCAAUUCUGGAUCGAAGGUGUGACUCAAUGUGUUACCCUUUGUUAUAUCCAUACGGUAACGAUGGAUGGCAUUCAGAAUUGAAAACUAAUAAUCCUAAAUAUCCAGGAUUUAAGGUAACACAAAUGGAUUAUUAUGCUCACUUACUUGCACCAAGAGCAGAAUUCAGCCAUUUUCAAAGGGCAGGCAAGUUGAGAUGUCAAUUCAUACUUGAUGCCUAUAUGAAAACUGAGGCCAAUAGGAUAAAUUACAUUAAAAUGAAUCAGCCCCAAAUAAGAGCCGAACUUUAUUCAGGGCUAAUGGAUCACCUUCAUAAUAGAGCACAAAAUGAAGGAAUUACAGCUGGUAUACCUGUAAUAUUACCAUCCUCAUUUAUGGGCAGUCCGAGAAUAUGCAAGAAAGAUACCAAGAUGCUAUGUCUUUGGUUAGAAAGUUUGGUAAACCAGACAUUUUUCUAA